AUGUCUCUAGAGGUGAAGGAGAAGACGCAGGUGAGGUUGGUGUUCCUGGGGGCGGCCGGCGUGGGCAAAACGGCCCUGAUCCGCCGCUUCCUCCAGGACACCUUCGAGCCCAAGCACCGGCGCACCGUGGAGGAGAUGCACAGCAAGGAGUACGACAUCGGUGGCUCUAAGGUCACCGUGGAGAUCCUGGACACCAGCGGCAGCUACUCCUUCCCUGCCAUGCGCAAGCUCUCCAUCCAGAACAGCGACGCCUUCGCCCUGGUCUACGCGGUCGACGACGCAGAGUCGCUGGAGGCCGUCAAGAGCCUCCGCGACGAGAUCCUGGAGGUCAAGGAGGACAAGUACACCCCGAUCGUGGUGGUGGGUAACAAGGCAGACCGAGCGGGAAGCGACCGGCAGGUGGCAGCUGACGACGUACUGUCAACAGUGGAGCUGGACUGGAACAACAGCUACGUGGAGACGUCGGCCAAGGAGAACAACAACGUGACGGAGGUGUUCAGGGAGCUGCUGCAGCAGACCAACCUGCCCUGCCGGCUGAGCCCUGCUCUGAGGCGCCGCAGGGAGACCUUCCCCAAAGGAGACCCCAAGGCCUCCCGGCCGCCCAUGAACAAGACCAACUCCUGCAUCAUCUCCUAA